CAUCACUCGUCCACCUUACUGACGGCCUGGGCGCGCGUCUUCAAGACCCGCCCAGCCCUUCCCCCGCCGACACUCCUCAGCCCCCGUCGUCAUCCACCGCGCCCCGCACCGCCGCACAUCCACCCCACUGCCUUUCUGGUCGUCGCCGUCGUCGUCGCUGCCGUAUACGCGUCGAGCGUCAGCUUCUGCCCCUAUUCUGGGACGAGAUUCACGAACCCAUCAGUCGAUCGAUGCCCCGUGUGAAGAGCGGGGAAUUUGUGCUUGAAAUAGAUACAGCUGAAGUGAUUCGACUGAACCCCGUUUUUUUUGCAGUGGGCGCGUCUCCCCGUCUUUUUCCAUCGUCUUAUAUAUAAAGAAUUCUAAAUUCUAAUUUUAUUCUCCCCAUCUCACGCUGUGUGACUCAUAUCGUCGCCCCAUCUGCCCCCCCCCUCCGGAGAGACUUUCGACUAAGCUGUGUAACCGUUACCUUCACCUAUAUAAAUAUCCGUGCACUCAACUAUUCAAUCCACUGUGCCUAAAUCAAUCCCUGUGCUAACCGGUUUCUACCCCAAAACAUUCUGAACCCGCAUUUAUUCCCUAAUUAUUGAUCGCCUAUCGAUCUACGCGUCUGUCUCCCGAGUCAAUCGAUAUCGAUCGAUCGGCCAUGAUGUCGUUACCGUUAAUUCGCGAUUACGAAGUCUACGUUGCAGAAGGCUGUGAAAAAUCCUAUUGUGGUGAUUAUCAUCGCCGAAUGGCCGCUGCUGGCGCCGUACAACCCCGCGGUGCUUCACCGCAAAGCCCUUCGCGACAUAUAACGGUCGUUGACGUUUACGAUCUAGCAGCAUCAAUAGGAAAGGAUUUCGAAAAAAUUAUCGAACAGCAUGGAAAUGACUGUGUACGAGGGAUUAUGCCAAAAGUUAUAUCAGCGUUGGAAACGUUAGAAUCCCUUGCCAACAAUAAUGAACGAGAAAAUGAGGAAAUUCUGGCGCUGCAGAAGACGGUCGAACGUCUCGAGCAAGAGAAGCAAGCCAGGCAAUUGCAGACUGCCAAGUUCGAGGAGGAACUUGAUCAAGUUGAAGAGACUUACAAAAAGGAUAUCAAUGAGCUGCGAAUGAUGGUGAAAACGUUGAUGUCAGAGAACAGAACGUUAAGCACCACGGUAUCUUCCUUACCAGCUACGGCCGAAAGUCCUACGACAGCAGCCAUGCAUGAAGAAGAUGUAAAAAUGAUGUUUGAAUUGAAAGAAAUGUCACAUAAGCAAAAAGAAGAAAUCAAAGCCUUACAAAAGGAUGUUGAACAAUAUGCUUGUGAAGUUGAAAAUCUUCAAAACUCCAUAGAAAAAUUGAUCCGACAAAAUGAAGAACUUUUGCGGAAGAAUGCAUCAUUACAAAAGCAAGGUCGAAUGAUAGUCGAAGAGAAAAUGGAGAUUAUACGAAGGUUAGAAAAAACAGAAGAAGCAAACAUCCAACUAAGGCGAAUGCUUAGUGACACGGAUAGAGCUUGCAAAGACCUGCAACAGGCCAGUCAAUUGGAUGACGAGCCCCGAUUCACACUUGCCGAGUUACGAGAAGUGUUGCAAGAGAAAAACGUGUUGAAGGGUCGAGUAAUGGAACUGGAAGAAGAGUUGGAAAAUCUUCGACCGGGACGAAAAGAGCGAGAAGUGGAGGAUUUGUUAAGCGAUGAACCUCCAAGAAAUGAUGAAGGAGAGGAGAUGCUUGUAUAUGGGCCACUUCCUCGGGAACCAGACGAGAAGCUGUAUCCAUGGAAGUAUGAACGGAAAGACAGCGGCGUACGAAGAUUCUUCCGCUUCUUCAAAGAACUUGGCGCGGCGACGCCGUCACCGCGACGCGGCUCGUCCGCGAACAACUCGCCCCGCCCACAACGUGCAAAUGCGGGAAAUUGAGCACUGAUCAAAUCUUCACCUAAAUUAUUCUAGUCUAUUUCUGAAUUGCAAAGUGAUAUGGACUCUAUGACGUCACACCACCCCUUCGCUACGAUUCUUUCUCACGGUCUCACUAUCACACACCCAAAAUAGUAUUUGACACGAGUUGUUCGCAAUUUUUAUGUCAGUUGUCCUCACCAGCUCAACUCGCUCCAUUAACAGUUGUCCUGACAUGAAUUUGCGAACAGCUAAAUUUCGCUAACGCUACAGCGGCGCUAAACAGGUUUUGCAUUGCCAAAAAACUUAUCUUAGAAUGUGUGUCUAAUCCUUUACUUAACCCUAUUAGGUAAUAAAAACUAUCGCUAGGUAAGCAAUAUUCUAGCCGGUUGCUUAUUGAUUUAUUGAUUGAUUGACCAAUUCCGCUGGUUUAUUGUCAUUCAUUGUUAGUUUGCCAUACAAAAUGUAUUUAGUGUAUAGAAAAAAUAAAGCCUAUUUCACCAAGGAAAGGAGUGUCAGAGACGCAGAAUCGGAAUCUGCUUCUCUGCACUCACCCGCCCACGCUUAUCGGUGCAAUAGGCUGAGAUAUAUUGCUUCUAUUCUCUAUUUUUUCCCAAAAUGGGUUUCAACUCGGAGAAUCUGGUCAAUUUUUGGCUUUUGUUCAUUGUUCGACUCGUUGUGAAUCUCAAUUUGAAUAAAACUAUCAUCGC